CCGGCCCCGGCUGCCCCCGGCCCCGGUGUGAGCCGCGACCAUGGGCUCGGGGCGCGUGCCCGGGCUCUGCCUGCUCGUCCUGCUGGUCCACGCCCGCGCCGCGCAGCACGGCAAAGCCGCGCAAGAUGUGGACGAGUGUGUGGAGGGGACGGACAGCUGCCACAUCGAUGCCAUCUGUCAGAACACGCCACGCUCCUACAAGUGCAUGUGCAAGUCUGGGUACACGGGGGACGGCAAACACUGCAAAGACGUGGACGAGUGUGAGCGAGAGGACAAUGCGGGCUGCGUCCACGACUGUGUUAACAUCCCUGGCAAUUACCGCUGCACCUGCUAUGACGGCUUCCACCUGGCACACGACGGACACAACUGUCUGGACGUGGAUGAGUGCGCCGAGGGCAAUGGGGGCUGUCAGCAGAGCUGUGUCAACAUGAUGGGCAGCUACGAGUGCCACUGCCGGGAGGGUUUCUUCCUCAGCGACAACCAGCACACCUGCAUCCAGCGGCCAGAAGAAGGAAUGAAUUGUAUGAACAAGAACCACGGCUGUGCUCACAUCUGCAGGGAGACCCCCAAAGGGGGCAUCGCCUGUGAGUGCCGCCCGGGCUUCGAGCUUACCAAGAACCAGCGGGACUGUAAAUUGACAUGUAACUAUGGAAACGGCGGCUGCCAGCACACAUGUGAUGACACAGAGCAGGGGCCCCGGUGCGGCUGCCACGUCAAGUUUGUGCUGCAUGCAGACGGCAAGACAUGCAUUGGGGGAAGGCGGCUAGAACAGCACACGCCCCCCCAGACCGUUUCUAAUGAGACCUGCGCCGUGAACAACGGCGGCUGUGACAGCAAGUGCCACGACGCGGCCACGGGCGUGCACUGCAGCUGCCCCGUGGGCUUCAUGCUGCAGCCCGACAGGAAGACCUGCAAAGAUAUUGAUGAGUGUCGCCUGAACAACGGGGGCUGCGACCACAUCUGCCGGAACACGGUGGGCAGCUUCGAGUGCAGCUGCCGGAAGGGCUACAAGCUGCUCAUCAACGAGCGCAGCUGCCAGGACAUUGACGAGUGCUCCUUUGACCGGACCUGCGACCACGUGUGCGUCAACACGCCGGGCAGCUUCCAGUGCCUCUGCCACCAGGGCUACCUGCUCUACGGCGUCACCCACUGCGGGGACGUGGACGAGUGCAGCAUCAACCGCGGAGGCUGCCGCUUCGGCUGCAUCAACACCCCCGGCAGCUACCAGUGUACCUGCCCCGCGGGCCAGGGCCGGCUGCACUGGAACGGCAAGGAUUGCACAGAGCCCGUGAAGUGUCAGGGCAGCUCUGCCGCCUUGAGAGCCCUGCUCAGCUGCAGCCGCGCGGGCAAGAAGGACACCUGCGCCCUCACCUGCCCCUCCCGGGCCCGCUUUCUGCCAGAGUCUGAGAACGGCUUCACCGUGAGCUGCGGGACCCCCAGUCCCAGGGCCGCGGCAGCCCGAACAGGCCACGGCGGGAACAGCACGCAGGCGGGCCAGUGCCACGAGGCCGCAGUGCUCGCCGUCAAACAGCGCGCCUCCUUCAGGGUCAGGGACGCCAAGUGCCGCCUGCACCUGCGCAACAAAGGCAAAGUGGACGAGGCCGGCCGGAGCCCAGGCCCAGGUGCCGCGCCGUGCUCUGACUGCCAGGUGACCUUCAUCCACCUCAAGUGUGACUCCACGCGCAAGGGCAAGGGUCGGCGGGCCCGGACCCCGGCGGGCAAGGAGGUCACGCGGCUCACCCUGGAGCUGGAGGCCGAGGUCCGAGCGGAGGAGACCACAGCGGGCUGCGGGCUGGGCUGCCUGCGGCAGCGGGUGGAGCGGCGGCUGCGCGGGUCCCUGAAGAUGCUGCGCAAGUCCAUCAACCAGGACCGCUUCCUGCUGCGCCUGGCCGGCCUGGACUACGAGCUGGCCCACAAGCCCGGCCUGGCCGCCGGCGAGCGCCCGGAGCUGCUGGAGGCCUGCCGGCCGGGACAGCACCGCGCUGGGGUCAAGUGUGUCAGCUGCCCGCAGGGAACGUUUUACCACGGCCAGACGGAGCAAUGCGCACCCUGCCCGGCGGGCACCUUCCAGGAGAGGGAAGGGCAGCUGUCCUGCGACCUUUGCCCCGGGAGUGAUGCCCACGGGCCUCUGGGAGCCACCAACGUCACCACGUGUGCAGGUCAGUGCGCCCCGGGGUCUCACUCUGCCGAUGGCUUCAAGCCCUGCCAGCCGUGUCCCCGCGGCUCCUACCAGCCCGAACCCGGCCGCACGCUCUGCUUCCCGUGUGGGGGCGGCCUCACCACCAAGCAUGAGGGGGCUGUCUCCUUCCAGGACUGUGACGCCAAAGUCCAGUGCUCCCCCGGGCACUACUAUAACACCAGCAGCCACCGCUGCAUCCGCUGCGCCAUGGGCUCCUACCAGCCUGAUUUCCGCCAGAACUUCUGCACCCGCUGUCCCGGCAACACCAGCACCGACUUCGACGGCUCCACCAGCGUGGCCCAGUGCAAGAAUCGCCAGUGUGGCGGGGAGCUGGGUGAGUUCACCGGCUAUAUCGAGUCCCCCAACUACCCAGGCAACUACCCAGCGGGCGUGGAGUGCGUCUGGAACAUCAACCCCCCGCCCAAGCGCAAGAUCCUGAUUGUGGUACCUGAGAUCUUCCUGCCCUCCGAGGAUGAGUGCGGGGACGUCCUGGUCAUGAGGAAGAACUCCUCCCCAUCUUCCAUCACCACCUACGAGACCUGCCAGACCUACGAGCGGCCCAUCGCCUUCACCGCGCGCUCCCGCAAGCUCUGGAUCAACUUCAAGACCAGCGAGGCCAACAGCGCCCGCGGCUUCCAGAUCCCCUACGUGACCUACGACGAGGACUAUGAGCAGCUGGUGGAGGACAUCGUGAGAGACGGGCGGCUCUACGCCUCGGAGAACCACCAGGAGAUCUUAAAGGACAAGAAGCUCAUCAAGGCAUUCUUCGAGGUGCUGGCCCACCCCCAGAACUACUUCAAGUACACGGAGAAGCACAAGGAGAUGCUGCCCAAGUCCUUCAUCAAACUGCUCCGGUCCAAAGUCUCCAGCUUCCUGAGGCCCUACAAAUAGUGGCCCGGCCUGAGACCCGGGUUCCGAAGGCCCCGCACGCCUCUGCCCUCAGAGCCAGCAGCCACCCCCUCAGACAAGGAGGCCGCUUGUCCGUCACUCGCAGACCCGGUCCCCAGCUUCUCAGCCCCCUUUCCUGCUCUCUCUCUCUCUCCCCCCUCUCUUUCUCUCUCUCUCUCUCUCCCCUCUCUCUCUCUCUUCUCUCUCUCUCCUCUCUCCUCUCUCUCUCUCUCCCUUUCUCUCUUUCUCUUCCUUUCUCUCUUUCUGUCUCCUCUCUGUCUCCUAUCUGUCUGUCUCUCUUUUGUCUCUCUGUGUCUCUGUCUCUCUCUCUGUGUCUCUCUAUCUGUCUGUCUGUCUGUCUCUCUCCACCCCCAUCCUUUUGUUUCAUGACCCGUUUCCCUAGAAAAGCCAUCAGCGCUGGCUCUGUCCCCGGCCCCUCUGCACCAUACUGCCCCUUGGCCAGCUCCCAUCCCAGGCCCCGUCGGCCUGGAAGGUGCUAGAAGCCCACAGAGGCAGGGAGUCCAGUGGGGAGCAAGGAGAGGACGAGGGACAUCCAAGGGCCAUGCCUUGUUGAGUCGGGGCCUGACGGUGCACUGGGGUGACCCUGGGGGGUGAGUGCCCCCUGCAGGGCCCGAGCGACCUCUGACCCCAGGCUCCUGGCCAGCCCACAGGGACGCCCUGGACUGCCCCCUUCGGCCAGCUUCGUCUCUCCUGUCCAGCUGCUCUCCCGCCCCCAGGUCUGCUGGGGCGAGGGGGGCUGACCGUGGCCCACAGCCCUGGACUAGAGGGCUGAGGAGGAGCAGCUGGCCAGGCUCUGGGAAAGCCACAGCGGGGACGCCCGAGUCGGGAGCUCUGUCGGACAGAAACCAGGCCUUCAAGCAUCGCGGCAAGAGGGGAGAGAAAGGAAGAAAGACCGAGAUGUGUCCUCGGAAAGAAGGCCGCGCUACACAGCAGCCGGAAGCGCGCCUCGCACCCGGAUCCCUUCUCUUGCCUGGCCCUGGCCCGGCGAGCCCCUCCACCCACCGAGUGCGCCCUGGGCGGGGGGGACACUCCUGCCCUGGCCGAGUGCUGUCUGUCCUUCAGGAAACGGGGCUGCUCAGUGGACACGCGGCUGGGCCCCCGCCCCAGAGCCGCCCCAGAUGGCCCGUGGGCUCCACCAAAGAGGACCCCACGCUGCGGCCAGCCCGGAGCCACCUACCUCGGCCCGGACUGUGGACCGCUGCCCACCGUCCACAGCGAAGAAGUGCAAUCAAUGUCGAGUCUGUCUGUGUUGUCUAGAGGGAGGGGUCUUGGCUUCCGGUCUCGGCCUGGCUUCUGUUUCCUUUCCCUCUCUCAGAGCGGUCUGUGGAGAGCCGCCCACGAGAGGAGGGUGGGCUCGAGUGGGUCUCCUGCUCUGACGCCGGCGCCCACCCCCACCCCCACCAGCAGUGGCCCUCCGGACCCAGAGAGCCCACCCCGGGGGUGGCCCCGGGCUGCUACAGCGCAGAGGCCCCCCGCCCCCCCUCCGAUGUGUGGGACAUUGGUCCUGGGGACUCCGUGGAGCAGCCCUGCCCGGCCCUGCCGGCCCUCGGCCUCCCCGUGGCUGCAGCAUGGACCUCAUCGUUGCAGAGGCCAGUGGAAUUGGUCAGUGAUUCUUCGCCUUAAACGGGGAGAGCCCCCCAUCUCUCCCUGCCCUCGUCCUGUUUUCUCCAGCGGGGCAGACGGAGGAAGAUCAAAACGACGGUGACGGGCGGACUUAGGGCCCCAAGGCCAGCGACAAGGCCGAGGGAGCCAAGAGUAGAGCACUGGCAGCCCGAGCUCAAGGCCCUGACAUCCAGCCUCGCUUCCCCAAAGGGAGGAAGACUCCGGCCCAUGCUCGGGCCCCGCAGCCGCUCCAUCCUCUGUUCGACAGAUGCCCACAAGUUGUAUUUUCCGUUUCCCCCUAGUUUUCUCCAAAGCUGUAGUCCUAGUAAGCCAGAGGCUCCCCGUGGAUUCCUAGGGUCUCUUUCUGCCCCAGCUCACCGGCCUCCUCUCCUGCCACCCCCCCCCCCCAGCUGACUCGGCUCUAAAGAGCCUGACAUCCUUCCCACCAGCCAGCACGCACGGCCCAGACAGGUGGCCACUGUCACAGGUGGCCACUGGCCAGCUCCCACGAAACCCACCGGCCACCACACGACCCUUGGUGGUGGGCAUCUGACUGCCUUUGCUUAUAUGGUCAAAGAAAACAUACAACACUCUCUCUCUCUCUCUCUCUCUCUCUCUCUCUCUCUCUCUCUCUCUCUCUCUCUCUCUCUCUCUCUCUCUCACUUCAGAGCAAAUCGUCAUUUAAUCCUAAUUUGUGUUUGUCCUCACCUCCUCUGAAAAAUCUGACCAAUUCUGUCCAUCCUCAGUCCCUAGCAGAGGUGAGGGUGAGUGACUGAUGCUUCACUCUGGCCCGUUUCCUGUCUCUCUUGGGACGCUAGGUAGAAUACUGCCCAGUUAAUGCCAGACGGAUGGGGGUGGGGCCCCACCUGCACCCCUGUACCCCACAUAGACACGUAGCCACAUUUCCUACCAUGAUUAGGCCAUGGUUUCUGGGACCUGCGAAUUAUCUUCACAAUACAGAAAGUAUAGACCACUAGGCUUCUGAUGUCGGGACAGUGUGUGUGUGUGUGUGUGUGUGUGUGUGUGUGUGUGUGUGUGUGUGUGUGUGUGUGUGUGUGUGUGGUGCGCCAGGAAUUGAACCCAGGGCCUCACGGCAUGUGGCAGGCUCAACACUGAGCCACAUCCCUGGUCCAGGGCGAAUCUGGAUAAGCAGGCAAAGACCUGCCCAGUGUCCACCAAGUUGAACUGCAUCUGAGUUGGGAGUAGGAACCAGGCACUGCUGCUACUGCACCACCUCGGGGGGACGCUGGCCCUGGGCACCCAAUCAGGGAUCCAGCGGCCUGAAGGAGGGGUCGACACUCAGGGACUCUCUAGGCCGUUGGCAGUGAGACAGAGGAAGGGGUUCUUCCCGGUGCGGGGGUGUGGGAGACGAUGCGAGUGGGCUCUCUGGAGGAACCGCCCAGAGACCUCUGCGGGAUGCGAUGCUUGCGGGGCCCGUGACGCCUCAUUUGUCUUAGUCUAAAACCAGCCAUGGUCUGAGUGUGGGAGCAUCUGAGUCCCAUGCUCAGGGGGGUCCGCCAGUGCUCGGGGUCCAACCGAGGCCUAUCAGAAAGGCACUUACCUCCUCCACAACGUGGCAGCCCUUCUUCCCUCUGCCUCUCCCGCUCUGUUCUUGAGCCAGGCCCGACCCCUACACCUGAGACUCUCAGAGUCCGAGGAAACUAGCCACGUCCUGAACUUGAGCUUCCCCGCCCCUCGCCUACACAUCCCCCAGGCCAAUGCUGAUUCCCAGGCUGCUCCCAUCGUCCCAGCAUUCGGUGAUUUGAGACGGUGGAGAGUCAGGCAACAGGAAUUUUUUUUUCUUUUUCUGAAAGAUUAAUGAUCUAGUCCCGAUCUUUGGUACUAGGGAAUUUAUUUUCCCCCUAUCAGAAAUGUGUUUUCCAUCCUCCUGGUGACUCUGGAGUGUAUUCAUGAGGGAGUCAUCUCGGUCUGCCUGAAAGUGGUCUCACGCAUUCAAACUCUGGUAUUUGCUGCUUCUCACCUUGAUUUCAACAGGCUCGAACUGGGGAGAAGAAUUUCACGGACCGUAAGCAGAAACGAAUGAGGACCUACUUGGCUUCCUGCUUACUCUCAUAGGAGAAAAAUGAAAGCCAACAAGGAGAUCUUUAAAGCUGACCUGUCUCAAGGUCAUAUGCCCUGUCCUCGGGCCUUCCAUGGACUCGAAGCCUUUUAAGAAACUCUGAUGAGAGGGAAUCGAAUCCUCAAUCUCUAUUGACUUAUCUAGACAACACAGAUUGUAGCAGUUUGGACAAACAGAAAACUUGAUUCUGUGUGAAUUGAACUGACGUUUCAGAGACUAAUCAGAACCACGUGGAGGCUUUCCUUUUUUUUUUUUUCUUUUGAAUACAGAAGAAAUCUCAAAGUAUUGUAUUUAUAUCUGCCUUCCACUGCUGCCAAUAUAGUAAGCAUCUCCUACACAAUCAACAAUAAACAGUAAACGAUGCAGUUCAUAGAGUAUUUUGCACUUGGGGAAAAAUGUAUCUGAACUUGUAAAAAGAAAUGUUUGGGUUUUGUAUUGUCUUUUUAUUAUUAUUAUUAUUAUAUUAUUAUUAUUAAAAUACUAAAUGAAAUUCCUCAA